CCAAUCUACCACCUACUUCCAAACAUGACUAAAAUAUCUUUCAAGGAUGAAAUAUCUACCCCAAAGAUAUUUACUUUUCAACAUUUGUAGCACAUGACAUUAUAACAUCAAACAAAUAAUAUCACCUUUUUUCAAGGUUUUCAACAACAAGAAGAAGAAGAAAUGGAAGUGAAUGGAAAUAUUAGACCAAAUAGAAGUGAUGUCCAUGUAUCAAAAGAGGAAGAAACAAAGACAGAAGAGGCAACAAGAGAGUAUUUUGAUGGCAUUGCACCAAAAAGACACAGUAAACCUCAACGUAGUGACUAUUCUUCUGCUUAUGUUGAUCACAUCAAUCUCUGUCCUUCUUCUCAUGACACAAUUCCCGAAAAUCUCGAAUUCCAACGUCUCGAAAAUGAUCCUCAGAAAUUGGUUUACAAUGGAAGCAGCCAAGUGACAGAGGAAUUUGUUGAAACAGAGUAUUACAAAGAUCUUAAUUGCAUUGACAAGCAGCACCACACGACAGGAACAGGAUUUAUCAAGGUGGAGAAUGCAAAUGGGAACACUUUCAAUAUAGGAGUUGAUUCUGCUACUGAUUCAAGCCAUGUUUACAAGGGAAAUCCAGCUACUAAUGACUGGAUUCCAUCUGCUGUUGAUGAGGUUAAUUUUAUCUCAGAGAAACCAAACAGAAGUGAUAACUGAAAUUGUGUUCUGAUAAAAUGCAGCAGAUAUUACAGACCCUGCUUAUUUUGUAUUUCUGUGAAGCUUGGCUUCAAUUUGUCUCGUGUUUGGUUGUAUUUGAAUGACAUGCUAUAAAAAUUAUUUCAGACGUGAUCAUAAAAGAUGGCCAAAUUUCCACUAGUGAAGUGAGGUGUGAUGGAAUGGUUGGAAUAACCUAAGCCCUUAAUCAGAGGUUUCGGGUUAAAUUGUUGUUAACGAAAAGUGAAUGCCAUGCAUAUUAAUCUUCAAGUUGA